AUGAGAAAUGAAUUACCAUUACCUGUUUCUCAAACACUUAGAAAUGAUUAUAUUAACGAACCACCAAUCCCAUACGUACUCGUCGGUGAUGAAGCUUUUGGUUUAAGUAAGCAUGUUAUGCGCCCAUACGGCGGACAAAAUCUCAACGUGAAACAAAGGGUUUAUAAUUAUCGCCUUAGCAGAGCUCGUAGAUACGUGGAAUGUGCAUUUGGGAUCAUGGCAAAUAAAUGGCGCAUUUUACAUAGGCCAAUUGAUACAGUAUAUAAUUUAACUAUUAAUAUCGUAAAAGCAUAUUGUGUUUUACACAAUUUUGUUACACAACAUGAUGGUUUACGACAACAAGACAAAAUGGCAAUAAGUAUGUUCCCACAAUUGAGACCCCACGUCAAUGAAGAAUCAUUAGCCGUAAAUUUUAUCAGAUAUCAAUUUGCUAAUUACUUCAUGAGUCCGGAAGGGGCUAUACCAUGUCAGUUGAAAAAGAUAUAA